AUGAACCAAGACAGAUGCCUCAUAUUUCCUUGGCCAAACGGAGGAAACUUGAAGAACUACUGGGAGAAGUUUCAAGACAAGCGCUCAGAUCGUGAAAGCCUGCAAUGGAUUCUUGGCCAGUUCAAAGGGCUGUUCUCAGCACUACAGGAGUUGCACGAAAGUAAUUGUCGUCAUGGGGACCUCGAGCCUGAGAAUAUUCUCUGGUUUCAGGACGAACAUAAUCAUGGGACUUUGCAAAUUACUGAUAUCGGACUUGCGAAACUCCACGAGAAAGAGAAGAGUAUCAAAGCUCGGCAAUCUUGGAAAUCUUUUAAGACGGUGGCGCCAUGGCUCAUUAUGUCUCGAUAUGAACCCCCAGAGAUGAACUCCACGCGUGAAGACCCUGGUGCACGCUCGCGACAAUACGACAUGUGGUCAAUGGGGUGUGUCACUUUGGAGCUGUUGAUAUGGAUUGUCUACGGAUAUGAUGCCGUAAAAACGUUCAUAAAAUCGACCGAUUACUUCUGGACUGCGGGACCGGUGGAUGCGCCACCAAGCCCUUACAGAGUUCACCCCUACGUGGUUUCAUGUAUGCGAGUCAUGAUGACCCAACUCGACGAUCAAUCUGCACUGAAAGAUCUUUUGGGACUUGUGGAGAAGACUCCUGGUUGUUGA